AUGGCCACUAAGCAAUUACUGAGGCGGCAAAUCAAGAGGAUAAUAAAUGCUCUUGAUUACGAUACUAUCGCUGCAGAGUCGCAUACCAUCUCUCAGGUAGUACGCUCAUUAAUCGCUUCCACCAAUUCCUGGCGUGUGGCAUGUUAUAUGAGCAUGGAUAAAGGAGAAGUAACAACCGGAGAAAUUAUUAAGAAUUUGUUCUAUGAUGGUCAGGAGGUUUUUUUGCCAAGGUGUACGCAUACUUCUGAAUCCAAGCAUUUUAAGCUACGGGAAGAUCACCAUCCACAUUUGAUAUUUCAUCGAAUGAGUAGCUUGAGAAUGGUGCGUGAUUUAAAACCUCAAGGCCCUUAUCAACUAAAAGAACCUGGAUCACAUAUCGAGGAAUCUAAUAUUCUGGAUGUUGUCUUGGUGCCUGGGGUGGCGUUUGAUAUUAAAACCGGCGCAAGGAUGGGUCAUGGUGCAGGGUAUUAUGACGAUUUCUUCCAACGGUAUAAAAUACUACGUCAAGGUCAAAAGCCCCUCCUUAUCGGACUGUGUCUCAUGGAGCAGUUGACUUCUCCAAUUCCUCUAGAAAAGCACGAUUUCCCUAUGGAUUGUAUAGUAUGCGGAGACGGAUCCAUACAUUGGUUUCAAUAG